AGCUACUUGAGAAGCUGAGGCAGGAGAAUUGCUUGAACUCAGGAGGCGGAGGUUGCAGUGAGCCAAGAUUGCACCACUGCACUCUAGCCUGGGCUGCAGAGUGAGACUCCAUUUCAAAAAAAAAAAAGAAAAAGAAAAAGAAAAAACUGUAAUAAUGUGUAUAUUUGUAGUGGUAUAGAUCUUAAAGGAUAAAGAAACUCACCUGAUAUAUUUAUUGUGUGAUAGAACGAUGAAUGAUGAUAUAAUUUAGUUCCAUUUUCCCGAAACUAAAAUACUACUGUUUAUUGAAAGGAACCAGAGAUCCUGAGGAGAAAUGUCUGAAUCUACAUCUGGGGCAGAAAGUGAACAAAAGGAACCUAAGAUAUCUCAUCCUAGAAGACAGGAUGGAAACUGUUGAGACGUAUAGGUUCUUGUCAGAAUGGCUGAACUCGCUUAAAGUGACUCUUCUGACUGGCUGCAAGAUGGGACAGUGUGAGCACCAGUUAAGGAUAAUAGUUACAAUGGAAGAAACAGAACAAAUUUAUUUAUUCAAAUAUGUGAUCUAGUAGUAAUACUGUUAUUUUUUAGUUGUUUACCCGUGGGAGAGUGUUACCGUAUCCACUCAUUAUUUUGAACACUGGUGAACAAGGGGAACAAAUGAAGCAUUUCUCUUGUUUGGUCUGGAUGAACUGUCCCACUGGGCAACCCCACAGUGGAUGAAGUUAAGUUUCUUCUCACAGUAUUUCAGCUAAUACAUGAUGAAGGCAGGAUAGAAUGAGGAAAGUCACCAUUGUCAAGCCCCACUGAAUUAAUCACUCAAGAGCCGCUGCUGCCGCUGACAUCAUAAAAAGGAGAGAGAGGGGAGGCCGAGGCGGGUGGAUCACGAGGUCAAGAGAUCGAGACCAUCCUGGUCAACAUGGUGAAACCCCGUCUCUACUAAAAAUACGAAAAAUUAGCUGGGCAUGGUGGCGCGUGCCUGUAAUCCCAGCUACUCGGGAGGCUGAGGCAGGAGAAUUGCCUGAACCUAGGAGGUGGAGGUUGCGGUGAGCCGAGAUCGCGCCAUUACACUCCAGCCUGGGUAACAAGAGUGAACCUCCGUCUCCAAAAAAAAAAAAAAAAAAAAAAAGUAGAGAGAGCUAGAUGAUGUGAGCUUCUGACAGAAGUACGCAAAAGCACUGAGCAAAUUGCCUCGACCUUCACAUGGAAUCUACUCUCUUCAGGCCUUGAGAUCUAAUGUCAGUUUGCAGGAAAUGCAGAGAGGAGAAGAUCAUGCUGACCCCCAUGACCCCCACAGGGAUAAAGUCACAAAAAUCCCGAUCAAAGUCAACCACAGGACUAAAACCUAAUUUAUUCAAAAGCUUGACCGAUGAAAAAGUGAAGGCAUAUCUUUCUCUUCACCCCCAGGUAUUAGAUGAAUUUGUAUCUGAAAGUGUUAGUGCAGAGACAGUAGAGAAAUGGCUGAAGAGGAAGAACAACAAAUCAGAAGAUGAAUCGGCUCCUAAGGAAGUCAGCAGGUACCAAGAUACGAAUAUGCAGGGAGUGGUAUAUGAGCUAAACAGCUACAUAGAACAACGGUUGGACACAGGAGGGGACAACCAGCUACUCCUCUAUGAACUGAGCAGCAUCAUAAAAAUAGCCACAAAAGCUGAUGGAUUUGCACUGUAUUUCCUUGGAGAGUGCAAUAAUAGCCUGUGCAUAUUCACACCACCUGGGAUAAAGGAAGGAAAACCCCGCCUCAUCCCUGCUGGGCCCAUCACCCAGGGCACCACCAUCUCUGCUUAUGUGGCCAAGUCCAGGAAAACACUGCUAGUAGAAGACAUCCUUGGGGAUGAACGAUUUCCACGAGGUACUGGACUGGAAUCAGGGACUCGCAUCCAGUCUGUUCUUUGCUUACCAAUUGUCACUGCAAUUGGUGACUUGAUUGGUAUUCUUGAGCUGUAUCGGCACUGGGGCAAAGAAGCCUUCUGUCUUAGUCACCAGGAGGUUGCAACAGCGAACCUUGCCUGGGCUUCAGUAGCAAUACAUCAGGUGCAGGUAUGCAGAGGCCUUGCCAAACAGACUGAAUUGAAUGAUUUUCUACUCGAUGUAUCAAAAACAUAUUUUGAUAACAUAGUUGCAAUAGAUUCUCUACUUGAACACAUAAUGAUAUAUGCAAAAAACCUGGUGAAUGCCGAUCGUUGUGCACUUUUCCAGGUAGACCAUAAGAACAAGGAGUUGUAUUCAGACCUUUUUGAUAUUGGAGAGGAAAAGGAAGGAAAACCUGUCUUCAAGAAGACCAAAGAGAUAAGAUUUUCAAUAGAGAAAGGAAUUGCUGGCCAAGUAGCAAGAACAGGGGAAGUCCUGAACAUUCCAGAUGCCUAUGCAGACCCACGCUUUAACAGAGAAGUAGACUUGUACACAGGCUACACCACGCGGAACAUCCUGUGCAUGCCCAUCGUCAGCCGAGGAAGCGUGAUAGGUGUCGUGCAAAUGGUCAACAAAAUAAGCGGCAGUGCCUUCUCUAAAACAGAUGAAAACAACUUUAAAAUGUUUGCCGUCUUUUGUGCUUUAGCCUUACACUGUGCGAAUAUGUAUCAUAGAAUUCGUCACUCAGAGUGCAUUUACCGGGUAACGAUGGAAAAGCUGUCCUACCACAGCAUUUGUACUGCAGAAGAGUGGCAAGGCCUCAUGCAAUUCACCCUUCCUGUGCGUCUCUGCAAAGAAAUUGAAUUAUUCCACUUUGACAUUGGUCCUUUUGAAAACAUGUGGCCUGGAAUCUUUGUCUAUAUGGUUCAUCGGUCCUGUGGGACAUCCUGCUUUGAGCUUGAAAAGUUGUGUCGUUUUAUUAUGUCUGUGAAGAAGAACUACCGGCGAGUUCCCUAUCACAACUGGAAGCAUGCGGUCACUGUCGCGCACUGCAUGUACGCCAUACUUCAGAACAACCACACGCUUUUCACAGACCUCGAGCGCAAAGGACUGCUGAUUGCGUGUCUGUGUCAUGACCUGGACCACAGGGGUUAUAGUAACAGCUACCUGCAGAAGUUCGACCACCCUCUGGCAGCUCUCUACUCCACCUCCACCAUGGAGCAGCACCACUUCUCCCAGACGGUGUCCAUCCUCCAGUUGGAAGGGCACAAUAUCUUCUCCACCCUGAGCUCCAGUGAAUAUGAGCAGGUGCUUGAGAUCAUCCGCAAAGCCAUCAUUGCCACAGACCUUGCUUUAUACUUUGGAAACAGGAAACAGUUGGAGGAGAUGUACCAGACCGGAUCGCUAAACCUUAAUAAUCAAUCACAUAGAGACCGUGUGAUUGGUUUGAUGAUGACUGCCUGUGAUCUCUGUUCUGUGACAAAACUGUGGCCUGUUACAAAAUUGACGGCAAAUGACAUAUAUGCAGAAUUCUGGGCUGAGGGUGAUGAAAUGAAGAAACUGGGAAUCCAGCCUAUUCCUAUGAUGGACAGAGACAAGAAGGAUGAAGUCCCACAAGGCCAGCUUGGGUUCUACAAUGCCGUAGCCAUUCCCUGCUAUACAACCCUUACCCAGAUCCUGCCUCCCACGGAGCCGCUCCUGAAAGCAUGCAGGGAUAAUCUCAGUCAGUGGGAGAAGGUGAUUCGAGGGGAGGAGACCGCAACUUGGAUUUCAUCCCCCUCCGUGGCUCAGAAGGCAGCCGCAUGUGAAGACUGAGCCCUGAUCACCCGACACGCUGUCCCACCCACAGAUCCUCAUCUUGCUUCUUUGACAUUUUUCCUUUUUUGGGGGGGUGGGGGGAACCUACACCUGGUAACUGGGGUGCAGACCUCUUCAAGAAGGUAGCGUCAAGUAAAUAAGUCAAGCAAAGGACUUCCUGCCAGUCACUUCUGUGAGGCAUCAUAGACACUGAACAACCAGGACCACCCCAUGUUCAGAAAUCAGCUGGCCAAGUGACUCCAUUUGACUUGCAAACCAGCCUUUUCUAAUAGGCUGAUAUUGCUGAGGCCUUAAUGGAAAUGGACAAAAAUUCUUCAGAAGGGCAGGCAUGUGCGCUCCCUAACGGGCAAGCGGUUGCAAGGCGCGCUGGCACCGGCGGUUAGCUGUUUCGGUUUGCGCGUAAAGGGCGAGUCUGGCUACCCAAGGCAGGAUUUCCAGCGGGGGCGCACAAGCCUGGGGAGGGGAGAUGGAAGCCGCAGCGACUCUGAAGGCAGCUCCAGGCUGGCUAAAGCGCUCCCUGGUUCGGAAACCGAGGCCUGAGUGCUCGGGCUCCACCUGGCCUGGUUCAGCCCGCGACCCACGCAGCUCUGGAUUCCAGGCAGGAAGCUCGAGGGUCAGGGAAGGCACCUCUGCCGGUGAAUUAUUCACCCCGUAUUGAGUUAUUGUGACGCCCUGUGGCUUUGGGAAACCUCUCCACAACCAAGUGGAGCCACAGCUCUCCGCUAACGAAGACAUCUCGCUCUGUCGCCCAGGAUGGAGUGCAGUGGAGCGAUCUCGGCUUAUUGCAGCAUCCGCCUCCCGGGUUCAGGUGAUUCUCCAGCCUCAGCUUCCCAGGUAGCUGGGACUACGGUCGUGGGCCACUACACCCGGCUGGCCUAAAAUUUCUGAGUGAAACAAUUGCUUAAGAUUUUAGAAUCAAUUUCCCUUAUUCUUAUUCUCUCUGCAGUUUAAAAAACAAUGUCUAACCCAGCAACGAGCUUUUGACGGUAUGUCUCAUUUUGAAAGGAAUAUGAGAUCAUUGAGUUGGACCCAGAGAAACAACUCAGAGAAAACUUCCAUUAAUGAGAACCCAAAAGCUGAUGGCCAGACAAAAGGAUGAGAGGAAAUGCUGGACCUCCAGUUUCUUAUUAAUGGCUCAGCUUUUUUUUUUUUUUAGCUUUCAAAAUGUAUUUUAAUCUCAUUCCAAAAAGAAAGAAAAUUUCUAGAUACAAAAAAAUAUAUAUAUAGUCAGAAGGGGCACUUUUCCAUUGUAUCUUUCUAAUCGGGAUUGAAAGUGGUGCCAUUAGGGUGUUGCACGUGGGCUCUGACAUCAGUGCUGCUUUGAUGCUGUUGGUUAUAAAUAGGAAUUUUUACACAUUACUAUCGUGAAUGUUCAUGUGUGACCUGCUUGUAAUUAACUUGAGUUGUAGUCCACAGCCUCAGGACAAAUGUCAUUGAGGUUACAGAGUAAGCAGUGAUGGGAAAACGUCAAAUUCUUAUUUCAGAGUUUCAUGAAUUUAGUUAGACAGACUAAACAUAUUCUUUUAAGUUCAAACUAAAGGGCUGAGUUGAGUACAUUUAACACUAAAAGAAGUAGACCUUAAGAGACGAGGUAUGCGUUACAACAAAUCUCAGAACUUCAAGCAUCAGUUCAAAAGAUGACAAUUUUUAAAUUUUUUUUCGUUGAUGUCUUGGCAGUUUUACUGAACCCUUUGCAUAAAGAACAAAAUAAAAGCAAGGCACUGUAAAUUUUUUUAACAGACAACUCUUAUGGAUAUAAAGUGUAAAUUUUUCACAAUGAUUUCUUUGUAUUUUCACUUUGUGUCAUUGCAGAAUUUUAGACUCACAUUUACAAUGAAAGGUUUAUUCGUAACAUGGUUUAAUUAAAGUACCACACAUUUCUUUUUUAAACAUCAAACCAUAAAAUGUGUCUUUUGUGAUUUUACUUUGACCUGCUGCAUUCACCUCUCAUUUAUCUCUUUCCACAUGCUGCAUGGUCAUAUUUCAUGAGCUUUCUGUCCAUGGCACAGAAACAGAAGCAGGAAGUAGGACAAUCAUGUUGGACCUUGUCUCCGUUCUCUUUACUCUUCUCGCAGAUCAAAUCACUCCAUAGAAACCUGUGGUUUCUUCUGCAUGGCUUUUUGGUUGACUAGUAUUACUAUACAAUGUAAGUGUUUUGAACAAUACAAAAAUAAUACUCUGCACCCCUUCCUACAGAGAUGGUAAGGUAGUCACUUCUGGUGUGUAUUAAUACUUUAAAGAUUUUUAGCACAAUGACACAGUAACCUCCAACCCUAUUUCUAACCUGAAGGAAUCAGACAGAGACUCACUCAGCAGGUGACAGGCCAAUCAUAAUGGAUAACUUACUCACUUUUCACGUGGCAGGAAACUGGAAUAUCACUUUUAAUAAAAUAAAAUUGAAAAAAUGCUUCUACAUAUUUAAUACCAUAGGCAUUUUGUUCAGAUGAGCCUGGUUUGUGCAAAAUGAAAUCAGAGGCAUCUACAGCAUGGUUUAUUUAUGUUGUAGCAGAGUUGGCUCUACAUAAGCACUGUUAUUAUUUGAAAAUUAACACUGUGUCCAGUUUUCUUCUGGGCUUCUGAAAGUUGCCAUCUUCCCUACAUGGAGCUCCAUUUGCUAUUUUAAUUAUACACUAUGACAUAAAAGGUAAUAACUAAAGGAAGAGAAAUACCACUGUGGCUAGAUGUAUACACACACAUAUAUCUGUGGAAGGAUGUAAUAUACAUAGAACACACACAUAGAUGUAUAUAGGAUGCACACUCAUAUGUAUGUAGACAUAUACAUACAUGUAUAUAUGAUACACGCAUGGAUGAGAGACAGAAGGAAGGAGAGGAAGAGAGAAUCAAACAUGUCGGAAAAAAUACAAAUCAGCCCGUUCUUCCAUUCCUUAAAAACAAUGACUUUGCUUGAUGGAAAAUGCAUAUUACUUGAUAGUUGACAAGAAAGUGUCAUUUUUUGUUAGUGUAUUCAUAUAAUUGAAUUUGAACAAGUUGCAUAUUUUUCUGCAUACAAAUUUAUGAAGCUGGAUUCUACCACAUACAACUUAAUUCACAAAAGUUAAUUUAGUCAUCUAAUUUAACUUGGGAAAGGAUAUGUUAUUUAAUAUUAUUGUUUACAAAAAUUUUAAAAGAGUAUAUGACUUCCGUUUUUUAAUAUAGAAAAUAAUUAUGGAGUUAGGACUCUCAUGGCUACUUUUACAUUUUUAGGUUAUUACAAAAAAUUCUCUUAAUUUAUUAUAGGCAAGUGUAUUAUGUCAUCUCUAUUUUGAACAGUUUCCCAAAGGAAUGUGAUUGGAUUUACUGGUUGGUUAAUUUCUUGGAAAUAUUGUCAUAGUAGAAGCACAGCUUGAACGAAAGACUGUAUUUUGAUAUAAACUGUCAGUAUUGCUUGUACCACGUGUAAGAUUUACUUAGUAAUCACAGAUGUAUGUAAAAUAAAAGGACCUAGGAUGCAGGAAUAUUUAGUUAAUAAUUUGUUUUGAAAAACAUGCAGUUAGGAAUAUUUUUGUAUUUUGUCAGAUAUGUUUAGCAGAGUUCUAUUUCUUGUCUGAGUUCUAUUUCUUGUCUUUUUCCCAGAUCUUUUCUUAAAAGAAAAAUAUGACACCAGAAGCCAAGACAUGGUUUUUACUAACAGCAGUUUUGAUGAGUUCUUAUUAAGGUCAUAUUGUAUUGCACCAAAUUUUCCACCCAGUGUAAAUUUAGUAACCAGCUAUGAGGAUAUGUAGGAUAUUCAAUUUGCAGAAAUUUAUAUUGGCUAUGUUGAUUUGUAAUAGACAAGUUUUAUAGUCAUAUGCAAUUAUCCCAUUACCUUUUGGACAUAGCAAAUAUGUUUUUUAGCUAAAAAUGUCCUUGGAAACAUAAAUGCCUGCCAAUAACAUGAAAUAUUGAAUUUGGGCAAUGUGAAUUAAUUAAUUAGAAAGGGUCAAAGGAAACGCAAUGGAUGUGGCAACUAAUUCUUAAAAACAUCCCUAUUACUAGGGCAGGGACUCUGAUCCAUUUCCCACCUGUGCUUCUCUCUAAGAGGUGUAUGAAAAACCCAUCUUGCAACAUAGACCAAAAUAUUAGACACAAUUGUUCCCAUUCCUGACUCUUCAAUGGAAGGAAGGUACAGAUGUUUACAAGGGUGCCCCACAUGACUUGUUCUCACCACAACAAAAGCAAUGAAUUGGAAACUAGAUUUGUUCAGUAUAGGUUUCCUCUUUUUUGGCAUGCUUUUUAGAUUUUAUUUUCAUUUUGUAAAAUCUCAGUUAAUUUUUCUUUACUGAUAUAUUCGUGUAUAUGAGACAUGUUUGUACAGGAUAUAAGUAGAUGCAUAAAUCCUUAGAUACCUGGGUUUUUUUUUUAAUAGGUUUAGGUUUGGGUAUUGUGUUUCUGGUCUUUUAACACAAAAUUAAGGUUUGAGCUUUAAUAGGACUAAAUUAUUCACCAUGCCUUGGCCUGUGCCUUUAUUUUAAAUACUGCAAUUUUACUACUUCAUUCUUAUAUUUAUUAUUUUGCUUUUCUUGCUUAACUAUAAUUGAAAACAUUUAUAGGCACUCAUCUACAGUUCAUUCUAUCAAGUUGGAUGAAUAGGACCAUUCUCUCUUCAUCAGAUUUCUGUCCUUUAUUUGACUUCAUUAACAAAUACCCUGGUGACUAUAACCAACGAACUGUUCAGAUUCAGUCUCUUCUGCAAGAACUUCAAAGAACUGUGACUGGUUAUGGUGUGAUUUUGGGGGGUUUCCCGUACCUAAGCAUGAUUUAGAUUUUUAAAAUCACUUCUCUCUACAUAUUUCAAACAUAUGUUUGCUUUCUACACUUUGCAGAUUUUAUUUAGGAUUUAAUUCUUUAAAGACUAUAUUCAUUUAAUCACUAUAGUGGAUCUCUUCUAUUGCAAGUAUUGCUCUGAUUUUUAAAUUGCUGUAAAAUGUAAAUCAGCCGAGUAUGUCAUCUGUUAGAGUUUCCCCAUGCUUUCAGUGCAUGGCUGUGAGAUUUUUACAUGUGCGUAAGUAUUUCGCCAAUACACGUAUUGCUGACUUCUUUAGCCAUUUAUAUUACGUUUCAAUUAGUAAUAUCCAAUGCAGUGCAUACUUUUUUGUUCUUUUUUUCAACGGAAUAGUUUGGUUGUCUGAAGCAUUGGAUGCAUUUUAUAUGAUAAAAAUGGCAAGAAAAAUAAGAAAAUGUCAGCAGUGUGCUUAUUCUAAAUUAAGAAGAUAGAACAAAGAGAAAGACACCAAUGUCACCCGAGGAACACAUUUAACAUUCAAAGAAGCAAUGCUGUCCUCACUUGAUGUUUCUCUUCUCAACCCAGAAAUGGAGAGCAGGGCUGGCAAAGCCCCAGAGAGCCCGCCUGCUCCUUCCUGCCAGUGGGAGGAAAGUAACCAAUGGCACGAAGAGCCAGGCAUGGCCCUGUGGGGCGAAGGAUAAUGUCACCUCAGGACCAAGGUGGAAACUUAGAGCUGAAUCCAGGGUUGCUAAGUAGGGAAGUCAGUUUACACAUUUAAAUUUUCAUCUGAUAUUUUUGAGGUACUGCGUGUUUGCGAAAGUUUAAGUAGAAAGGUUUUGUUUCUAUUGCAAGUUCUAAAAGUAUUAUCUAAUACUCUAGCCCAGCUGAAAUACCAUAUCAUGGGCGUUACGGCCUUCGUCUUUUUCUCUAGUCACCUUAAUGCCCAGUGCUAUGCUGUAUCACAAAUAGCCUAUAUAAGUGACAUGUAGGAAUGUUAUUUUCCAUAUGGUCUGUUGUAUGGUGUAUACGCUAUGUGUUUAUUUCGUGUGCAAGUUGAGAGUGCAAUAGACUUACCCAGAGAAGGUGUUUGUAUACAAGGCCCCUACCUAUUUGAAAUUACAUACUUGCCCAACACACUGUGAAAUAGUUACCAAAAUUUGUACAAGUGCAGCACCGUCAUUCUUUCUGAGAAGACAAAAUGGCUUUCUUUACAUGAACAUAUGAACAACAGAGAUCCUAGAUCUAUAUGUAGCUAAGGCAUCUAAGAGUUUGCUGUUGAUAACCUUGCUGACCAAAAACUACUGGAGAGUGAUACAGGUUACAAACCAUCGAGAAUCCAGUGCUCAUAAAGAACUGACUUAUGAAGACAAUGAAUCUGUGUCCAGAAUUUUAAUAGGCUCUCUAUUGGAAGGAGAAAGAAUUUCGAGUUAACAGUAUCUAACUUUAUCAUAGUUGAUAAGUUAGGAAAUUUUAAAAAAUGAUUUUGUAUGUAUGACAAAAAUCUUUGUAAAAUGCGCAAGUGCAAUAAUUUAAAGAGGUCUUAACUUUGCAUUUAUAAAUUAUAAAUAUUGUACAUGUGUGUAAUUUUUUCAUGUAUUCAUUUGCAGUCUUUGUAUUUAAAAAAUUUACAGUUAUGUUUGUAUAAUAGAACAGUAAUCAUUUACUAUUAUCUAAGCAAGUUGUAAAUAAAUUCAUAGUUCAAACAGCCAGUAUAUAUGCAUAUAUGAGUGUUAUAUUGCAAAAUCUUUGUUUUACCUACAUGGUUAGAGCAACAAGAGUUCUUUUGUUGAUAUGUAAUUAUACACAUAACAUAUAUAUAUGUAUGAUACAUGAAAUAUAUUUAGAAAUGUUCAUAAUUUUAAUGGAUAUCCUUUGGUGUGAAUAAUUGAAUACAGAGUUUUUAAAAUAUCA